AUGGCCGAGCCGGGCACGGCUGCCGGCGAGAACGGCGUGGGCGGCAGAGCGGUCCGCGUGGGCACCCGCCGGAGCCAGCUGGCCCGAAUUCAGACCGACAGCGUAGUCGAGAUGCUCCGUGAGCUAUACCCUGACCUCCGCUUUGAGAUUGUUGCCAUGUCAACGACCGGAGACAAGAUCUUGGAUACAGCUCUUUCCAAGAUUGGGGAGAAAAGCCUCUUCACCAAAGAGCUGGAAAAUGCACUUGAAAGAAACGAAGUUGACCUCGUGGUUCACUCCUUGAAGGACCUGCCAACUUCUCUUCCUCCUGGCUUUACCAUCGGCGCUGUCUGCAAAAGGGAAAACCCACUUGAUGCUGUUGUCUUUCAUCCCAAAAACCGUGGGAAAACACUGAGCCUCCUUCCUGAAAAGAGUGUGAUUGGAACCAGUUCACUUCGGAGAGCAGCUCAGCUCAAAAAGAAGUUCCCUCAGUUAGAAUUCAGGGAUAUUAGAGGGAAUUUAAAUACCCGCUUAAAGAAGCUAGAUGAGAAGGAAGACUUCAGUGCCAUCAUCCUGGCUGCUGCUGGGCUGAAGAGAAUGGGCUGGGAGAACCGCAUCGGCCAGCUCCUAAGCCCUGAAGAUUGUCUGUAUGCUGUUGGACAGGGUGCCUUAGCAGUAGAAGUUCGUGCCAAAGACCAAGAGAUACUGAAUAUGGUAUCUGCCCUGCAUGAUGCAGACACCGUGUUAUGCUGCAUUGCCGAGAGAGCCUUUAUGAAACGUUUGGAGGGUGGAUGUAGCGUCCCUGUCGCUGUCAACGCCACGCUGAAAGAUGGCCAGUUGUAUUUGACAGGAGCAGUCUACAGUUUGGAUGGAUCCGAUAGCCUGAAAGAGACUAUGCAGACCAGUGUUAAUUAUCCCCAACAGAAUGAAGACGGACCAAACGAUGAUGUGCAGCACGUUGGCAUCACAGCCAAGAAUGUCCCUGGUCAGGCCCAGGAAGCUGCAGAGAGCCUUGGUGUUGAACUAGCUAGUUUACUUCUGAGCAAGGGAGCUAAGCAUAUCCUUAGCGUGGCAAGGCAGCUCAACGAUGCCCGCUAAACCUGUGGUGCGGUCGGCACGAUUGCUAGAACUCUAGCAAGUCUUUGCAGUUACACUAUCAUCCUUCUUUGGAGGAAGGGAUUUAUUUAAACAUUCGCACUGGUCUUAUCUGAUGUUUGGGCGCAAAAACUUGAAGUAAUAAGUUAACUAACUAACUUGAGUAGUUUACGCUCUUCAGGGUUUUCAUCCCUCUCUGCAUUUCUCUAAAUUGCAAAGUGUCUCUGUGAAAGUUUAACAAUUUUUGUAGCUAGGAAGUUAAAAAAAAAAAAAUCUGUAAGCGUCCUCCUGUUUUGCUUAGGAACAAGGGACUCAUUACAGAUUAUAAUCAGAGACUCAACUGUGACGGUACUAAAGCGCUGUACUGGGCUGACAGUACUAAAGUACUUUCAGUAGUCAUUGAUACUAUUUGGGCCUGUUCACUCAUCAGAACGCUGAAGAGGAAGACUGCUAUUAAGUUCCUAAUAGUAAAGUAGCAGAGAUGCCCUGUUCAUCAUAGGUCUCAGUUAAGGUAAGGAAUUAAGUUUGCAGUUACCAGAUGCAAAUUUGUCAGUUGGCCAACAGUAAUAAAUUAGGAAAUGGACAGCCAGUCUCGUUUCCCUCGUAUGCUUGUCUACAAGGGUAAUGUGAGGCAGUCGUUCAUCUACACUAACCAGUCAACAGGGAGCUGAAGAGGAAGCCCAAACUUGGGCUGUCGUGCCUUUCUCUGCAGCUGCUAGCCCCUUCUUUUACUGUGGCUCCUUGCCCUCGCUACCAGGUCGCCAUCCUCUCAGCGGGCCUCACGCCUUACAGUGCCUUGUAGAAACACUGAAACGGCACCUUACCGGGGUCCCGUUUUGGAAAGGAAGCAUUGUUUUAUUCUCUAUGCAACGUCCACUAAAUGUAACAGGCGAUAAAUACAGCUGAAUUAUAAGCA